AUGGCGUCUAAGUCCGCCUUGAGGCCUCUCCAAAGCCCACUCUCUCUUCGAUUCAAGCCAAUCAGUUCUUUUGCCCCUUCGCGCCGCCUAUUCUCGACAACCCUCAGAUCCUUUCGCCUUGCUCCUGCACGUGAUGCUCACAGACCCAACUUCUCUAGUCUUACCGCGAGACAUGCCUUUAGACGCUCAUACGCAGAUCUAGCGUCUCCUAAGCCGAAGAGGAGAAUCAGAGGCUUUUUCAGGUGGACGUGGAGGUUGACAUACCUCUCAGCUAUCGGCGGAGUCGCUUAUCUUACAUUUCAUAUCUAUCAAUUGAGAACUCCAUCAGAGCAAUAUGCGCCAGAUCCAUCAAAGAAAACCUUGGUCAUACUCGGUACUGGCUGGGGCUCUGUGUCGCUCUUGAAGAAGCUUGAUACUAGCCAAUAUAACGUCGUUGUCAUUUCGCCUCGGAACUACUUCCUCUUCACCCCUCUGCUACCAUCAUGUACGACCGGAUUGAUAGAACAUCGAUCCAUUAUGGAACCUAUCCGCAACAUACUCCGGCACAAGGAGGCGAUGGUCAAAUAUUACGAAGCCGAAGCCACAAAGGUUGAUUAUGAGAAGAAGGUGGUGUACAUCAAUGACGACUCUGAAGUCAAAGGAGACGUAUCUGCCACCGAAGUACCAUUCGACAUGCUUGUAGUCGGAGUCGGAGCCGAGAAUGCAACUUUCGGCAUUCCAGGAGUUCGCGAGCACUCCUGUUUCCUAAAAGAAGUCAAUGAUGCCCAGGCCAUCCGCAAGCGAGUCAUGGAUUGCGUUGAAACAGCCAAUUUCAAAGACCAAAGCCCAGAAGAAGUCAAAAGGCUAUUGCACAUGGUCGUCGUGGGCGGUGGACCGACCGGUGUUGAGUUCGCCGGCGAGCUCCAAGAUUUCUUUGAAGAAGAUCUCAAGAAGUGGAUUCCAGAAAUCGUUGACAACUUUCACGUCACCCUCGUCGAAGCAUUACCCAACGUCCUGCCAAUGUUCUCGAAGCAAUUGAUCGACUACACCGAGUCCACAUUCAAAGAAGAAAAGAUCACAAUUCGAACCAAGACAAUGGUCAAGAACGUUACAGACAAGUACAUCGAAGCUGAACACACCAAAGCAGAUGGAACAAAAGAAAGAGAGAUUCUCCCGUAUGGUUUGCUCGUCUGGGCCACAGGUAACGCCCUCAGGCCUGUCGUCAAGGACCUGAUGUCUCAGCUACCCGCACAAAAGGAUUCCCGCCGCGGCCUCGCUGUCAAUGAAUAUCUUGUCGUCAAAGGCACAGAAAACGUCUGGGCCGUAGGGGACUGUGCCAUUGCCAAUUACGCCCCUACCGCCCAAGUCGCCAGCCAAGAAGGCGCCUUCUUAGCACGCAUGUUCAACUCACUAGCAAAGACCGACACAAUCAACCGCGAGCUCGCCCACUUAUCCGAAGAACAGUCUUCAAAGUCAGGGGACGAGCGCAACGCAGUUUUUGAGCAGAUCAAAGCACUGCAGAAGCAGCUACGUCGCGUCAAGCAGAUUGGUCCCUUCGAGUAUUCGCACCAGGGCUCACUCGCUUAUAUUGGACACGAGAAAGCGGUGGCCGACAUCAGUUGGUUGAGCGGGAAUCUUGCCAGCGGCGGGACCAUGACUUACCUUUUCUGGAAGAGUGCGUACCUGAACAUGUGCUUCAGUACCAGGAACAGGGUCUUAGUGUGUGUCGAUUGGUUGAAGGCGAAACUGUUUGGACGGGACGUGAGUCGGGAAUAG